AUGCUGCUCAAAUUCACGUCUCCCGAUAUGCUCAAUACGUUGCUCAUCGACGUUGCGACUGGCGAGCGCACCUAUAACAUCACCACAGUUCUGGACUCUUCUGAGCAAACUACCCACGAACAAGAACCCCUUACUUCCACAUCCUCCUCGUUCUCUUCACCUGAAAGAGCGCCCAGUGAUGAAUCCCUGACAUCCACCGUCGCUUCCUCAUCACCCGUUCUGCAGAAGAAGGUAUCGUCUAAACCUGAAGAAACACCGAAAGGCGAUAGACGACAGACGACCGUAACGGAUGCCACGGGCAAUGUCGUCGCCGAGAUCGCUUGGAAUGGGAGACGCCCGGAUAUCACUAUUACAGAUGAGAAGGUUGGCGCAUUAACAGAUCUCUUUGGUUCCUCCACCAUCCGCUUCAUGCCAAAGAUCCUCGCCAUUCCAACUCGUUUUGACACAGAGUACAUCUGGACAGCCACUGCUGACACUCUUACUCUCUUCGACUACGAUUCAGAGACAGUGAAGGGCACUUUCCACCAGAACGUCAUCCGCAUCCCCACUUCCUCCAAGGCGUCCAAGUUCAUGCCCUCGUCGCCGGCCAAGGGCAAACCCUUUUCUCCAUCUAAACCCUACCUUGCAUCUUCUCCGUCAUUGUCGUCAUCGUCGUCUGACGAGUCGGAUGCGGAGACCAAACCUUUGGCCAAAUCUGCCUUCAUUCCCACCCAUCUUCCAGGUGUUGGCUCCAAUUACCUGGAAUUCGUAUCACACCCUCUAGCUCAUGACAUCGAGAUCAUUCUGUCCUUCCUCAUGAUGGAAAUCCUCCGUCGUGGCCGUUUCAAUCUUACUCCAUACACCUUCGAUAAGCCCAAGCUAUGGCAGCUGAAAGAAGCACGCGCUCUUAUCCUCCGUCGCUUCCGACGGAAUACAGUCUAA